AUGAAGACGAAACUGUCCUCCAAAACUGGCACAUUCACAUUCAAAGAGAUGAGGCACAAAGAGCUGAGAGAUGCAGAGGAUGAGGAAGAUAUUGCACUGGUUGAAAAGCUCUCAAAGAAGCGCUACUCCAAUGAACUUGAUGACGAUGAUACUGUUCCUGUGGGCACUGGGUUUCAGUCCAUGUUGGAGCAGUUUGGGUCAGACAUCAGCAAAGCAGUGCAGGCCAAGAAGAAACGCCUGGAAGUCCUGACCAAUAACUACAUGAAAGGAAGCCAACACAAACUCGAACAACUGUGGAGCACACACCAAAAGCAGCGCCAAAAAUUGACCCAACAAUACUCUCAGCAAGUGUCCCAGACUCUGCAACUGUGGGAGGCGGAGGUGCAGCGAGGGGAGGAGCAAGAGGAGCGCAUGAAUAACCUCUUUAAGCAGCAGAUCAAGGUGCUACAGCAAGCCAGAGCCGCCCAAAGUCUGAAGCUAAAGUCUGUGCGUGAUCUGUACGAAGUAUUUGUGAACAACAUAGAGGAGAUACAGAAGAGCCAUCACACCUUCCUCCAGGGGGCGACACAGGAGCUGCGCAAAGAGAUGAACACGCUGCAGAAGAAGAUACUUAUGGAUACACAACAGCAGGAGAUGGCCAAUGUCCGGAAGUCACUGACAUCAAUGCUUUUCUAA